AUGGUUUAUCCAGGUGAGACGACAUCAGGAGUGGGGACGAGAGUCCUCUUCGUACCGUAUCGACCGCCACGUUCGUCCAAACAAGUCCCAGAUGACUCGGAGAUUUCGUUACAGAAGCAUGCUGCCCGCGAGUACCAUAGGAAAGCCAAGCUAGAACGCCUCGCCAAGGCAUAUGCAGGUAGCAGACCUCCACCUGGCCCACAGGAAGCGCUUCGCAAGUCAGCCCGGCAGGGACCUCAAGGGAAUGCGCAAAAUGACUGCUUCGACAAGGGAAAGCACCAGAGACUGUCAGGCAUGAACGCUUUCCGAAUUAGGACUGAAGCUUCUUCGAAUUCGGUCUGUCCAUCACCGCUCGACGUGGGGGUUGGCCAAAUGGACCCCUUCAAUGUCCUCAUGCGUCGAGAUGUUCCUCAUUAUGUGCAGGAAAUGCUAGCCCAUGCAGUCUCCUACCAAUGGCCUGUCUUUUCCUGCUCGAUCGCUGCCACGGCAAUCAGCGAUAUCAAGCAUACCAUUCUUGAGAGCGCGAUGCGUUCACCUGCAGCUUUUUACACCAUUGUCUACGCCGGCGCCACCCAUAACGCCUUCGCCCACACAGGAAUGCAAGUAACCCGAGAGAACCAGAUCCUUCGUCUGACCUACAAAAUGCAUGCGAUCAAGGCGUUGAAUCAGGAAAUCUCCCGCCUGCAGUCGGAUAUUCCAGAUGAACUUUUGCUUUGCAUGGUCACUCUGGGCGCACAUGGGUCGGGAGAAACCCUCCUGCCUCGCCCUUAUCGAACGGCUGAUUCGUCUCUUCUCACCGCCCAGAAUUUUCAUUACUACGGACACAUGGAUUGGGAAACGGCACACUUAAACGCGGUGCGAAUCCUGGUUGAGCAGAGAGGAGGGUUCCAUACGAUAAAACAGGAGUUUCUGUCUAAUGUCAUCGCCUUGGCCGACGUUAUUGAUGCCUUCAAAAACCUCCGUGCCCCAGCCUAUCCGUUGCGUAUCUCCACAGCGCGGAUGAUGGCAAUUUGGCCCUACCCAGACACAAAAGCCCUACGGCCAUUAUUGCAAGACUUGGCUACCGGUUUCGGGGCACUGCCGGAGUCUAUACAAGUCGACCCUCUUAUGCAAAUCAUUCACGCGAUCCGUGAUGUCUCGAUAGGGUAUGACCUUUACCUGGAGCAGAGUCCCUCCGCCCCUCGACACAUCCAUAUCGUGUGGGGAAGGAACACUUUGUUGCAUGAUUUGCUUAGCUUACCGGACAAAUCUUUCGAUGAUCCUCUCCAUCCGGACCCUUGCUUGUAUGACAUGUGUCGGCUAAGUACGUUAAGUUAUAUGCUGCUCGUCUUAUUCCCUUUGCCUGGGGUCUCAGGGCUGCAUUAUACUCUAUCACAACGUAUCAAAUCUGCGCUGGACAGCUGCUUCAUCUUUCGGCUGUGGCAGCAGUAUCCUGAGCUGUCACUAUGGGGGAUGGUACUGGGCGGCAUCCUCGCAGAGGAAACAGCUUUGAGACUAUGGUUCGUCCAGGCUUCGGCCAGCAUUUGCAGAGAACGGACAUGGCAGUCGUGGGAUAGUGCCAAGAACGUGUGUUCAAAGUUCCUAUGGUUCGAGCAAGAUUGUGACCAAGCUGGACAAGCUUUCUGGGCAGAAGUAUCGGAACAUGUGGAGCCUAUCGCUGCCACUCAAGACGAUAACGAGGGCUGGAGCCGCGGGGACAAAGCGCGGUUCGAAGUGGCUGAACUCUCACCCACCACGUAGAUGGGAAAGCCAGGAGCCUGUGCAAUGUGAUUUCGGACUUGGAAUGAGACCCUGGAGCCCUGGCACGAUACUUGAGCAGACGCGACUGAAAGGGACACGAAUGCCUUGCAGGGCAGAAUCUUCGAUUGGCCAGGCACCAGGUUGAGGUGCGCCAUGCUAAGAUCCAAGGCCCU